UUCGUCCAGAAGCAGAAGCAGGGCCAUUCCGGUGCCGGUGCGGCGGGCCAGCGCUGCCGACACCCACCAUCCAUCCAUCCAUCCGGUCGCUUUCGUUCUCGUUCCCCUCGUCCGGCCGGCCUUCGAUUCCCGCAUCAAAAGCAGAAGCCACGCAGGCUCGCUCGACGCCGACGCCGACGGGACGCUUCCAUCCGUUCCCGCUUUUCCACGGCACCAACACACGGGAUCCCUUUCGCCGCGACCCUACCCGCCGGCGGCGGCGGCGGCCAUGGGCGACGAGGGCGAGGGCGAGGGCGAGGGCGACCGCUCGGCGGUGCGCGCCGAGGAGUCCGUCUCCGGCGGCGUCGACGUCUGGAGCGACGCCGUGUCCUCCCACGCGCCGGACCACCUCCUCGUCAUGGUCCACGGCAUCCUCGGCAGUACUGCUGAUUGGCAAUAUGGAGCUAAUGAAUUUGUAAAGCAACUCCCUGACGAUGUAAUUGUGCACUGUAGUGAAAAAAAUGCAUCAAUGUUGACUUUAGAUGGAGUUGACGUCAUGGGGGAACGCUUAGCAAAUGAGGUGCUUGAUGUAAUUAGUCGAAGGCCAGAACUCACUAAAAUUUCUUUCCUUGCACACUCCGUCGGAGGAUUAGCAGCAAGAUAUGCAAUUGCAAAACUUUACAGACAUCCAGACAGCGCAUCUGAUGGAAAUACUAAAGGGACCAUCUGCGGUUUGGAAGCAAUAAACUUUAUUACUGUAGCAACGCCUCACCUUGGUUCACGAGGGAACAAGCAGGUCCCACUCCUAUUUGGAUCUGUUGCAAUGGAAAAGGUUGCUUGCCGUGUUGUUCAUUGGAUAUUUAGGAGAACUGGUAGACAUCUCUUUCUAACUGAUGAUGAUGAAGGGCAGCCUCCACUGCUGCAGCGGAUGGUUGAAGAUCAUGACGAUCUCUACUUUAUAUCUGCUUUGCGAGCAUUCAAGCGAAGAGUGGUGUACGCAAAUGCUGACUGUGAUCAUAUUGUUGGCUGGAGAACAUCAUCUAUUAGAAGAAACACUGAGCUUCCUGAGUUGCCAGUAUCGUCAUCUGAGAAGUACCCCCACAUUGUACAUGAGGAGCAUUCAGAAGCAAUUGAUGAUGAUAAGUGUCAAGAUUGCAUGACAGAAUGUGAUAUGGACGUUCUGGAAGAGAAAAUGGUGACGGGGCUUCGGAGGGUGUCGUGGGAGAAGGUGGACGUGAGCUUCCACAGCAGCAUGACGAGCUUCGCGGCACAUAGCAUUAUUCAGGUGAAGUACGCGUUCAUGAACGAGGGAGCGGAUGUGAUACAGCACAUAAUAGACCACUUCCAGCUCUAGAUAUAUAGAGAAUUCGGCCGGGAGCAGGGUGGAGUUUAAUUUUUUCCCCCGGGAGGGUGGUAAAAAAUGGAACCGCAGGAGGAGCACGGACUGAUGGAGCUGCAGCAGAGUGCAGUGGCUGCUAGCUUCCUUGUUGGGUGGGGUGCAUGUGCCGUAAGAUUCAAUUGGAUGUGACAGAUAAUUUUGAAAAAUCUUUGGUUUUUGCGGUGAACUAAAAACAAGGCCUGACCGGGUGUGUUGUGUAACAGUGUAAGCUGAAGCUGUAAAUAGGAGCAGGAGCCAUGAGAGGAGAAAAGGGAGUGCUGAACAUGUAUGUACGCUAUCUAUGUGUGUGUUUCUUUGUUAUAAGAAUGAUGAGAAGAUGAAAAUCGUCCGUCCAAUUCAUGCCUUA